GCUGCCAAAACUUCCCUCUGCUGCUGGAGCUCUAAACUUGGCUGCAGGCCGGCAGUGAGAAGAGAUCUAGAGCUACUUCAACAAAACUUUCUUGAGUCUUCCCUGCCUGCUUUCUCUAUCUCCUUUUCUCUUUCUCGCCUUCCAGCUCUGAUGAGAUUCACAUGGUGCUUUGCCCAGAAGAAGGUGGCCAAGAAGAGGGUACUCACCCCCACCCCAAAAUAAGUCUUUUCCUUGCUCCAGCACCCCCCCCCCCUUUUUUAACUUUUUCGGUUGGAAAGACAAAAUGUGCAGGGUGAUAAAUUGGGUGAAUUGAUGGCAUCCCUUUCUCUGCCAAGUCAGUCCGCUUUCUAAAAAUCCCUUUUGGGAAGACUGGAGGAUUUCACUUUGUUGGAGAAUAUAGCUGGUGUGGCUUGAAAAAGGGGGAAAGCAGAGAGGAAUACGGGACUCGUACAGUGCUAUCUCUAUUGUUUGAAAUUUACUUUAUAUCAGAAAUUGAAGAUGAAAACGGUAAAGAAAUGGACAAAGUUUAAUAACUAUCAAGUCUGACACCUUAUUGAUAUCUAAAGGAAUUUUACAACAUACUUAUUUUUGAACUGAGAAAAUGACUGCAGAUAUAGAAGAAAGCACAGGUUGUUGGAAAAGAGUACCUGUCAAAAAGUGGAACAUCCAAUAAUUAUUUUGGAAGAAAUAUAAAAUAAAUAUCCCUGUUAUGGUGCGAUUCUGGAGUGGAGUUAACUCUAUAGCACAUAGGUAGCCCUCCAAAAAAACCCAAACCCUUUCUGUUUUUCUAAAUUAUGGAAAUUUUGUGGAAGACGUUGACCUGGAUUUUGAGCCUAGUCAUGGCUUCAUCGGAAUUUCACAGUGACAACAGGCUUUCAUAUAGUUCUCAAGAGGAAUUCCUGUCUUACCUUGAACAUUACCAACUAACAGUCCCAAUAAGGGUUGAUCAAAAUGGAGCCUUCGUCAGCUUUACUGUGAAAGAUGAUGAACCCUCAAGCAGAAGGAAGAGGAGUACAGACCUUUAUGACCAAGCAUCUAAAUUAUUUUUUAAACUUUCUGCCUAUGGCAAGCACUUUCAUUUAAACCUGAUUCUCAACACAGAUUUGGUGUCCAAACAUUUUACAGUAGAAUACUGGGGGAAAGAUGGACCUAAAUGGAAACAUGAUUUGUUAGACGACUGUCAUUACACAGGAUAUUUGCAAGACCAACAUAGCACCACUAAAGUGGCUUUAAGCAACUGCAAUGGUCUGCAUGGCGUUAUUGCUACAGAAGAUGAAGAGUAUUUCAUUGAGCCUUUAAGGAAUAUAACUGAAAAUUCCAAUCAUUUUAGUUAUGAAAGUGGUCGUCCCCAUGUUAUUUACAAGAAAUCUGCCAUGCACCAACGACAUCUCUAUGAUCAUGCUCAUUGUGGCGUCUCAGAAGACCUCACAAGAAGUAGUAAACCUUGGUGGAUGAAUGAUACAUCUGCUUUUCCAACUUCACUUCCAAUUAAUAACACUCUAAGUAGUCAUCGUCGACAGAAGAGAUCAGUAAGCAUUGAACGCUUUGUGGAGACACUGGUAGUAGCAGACAAAAUGAUGGUGGGAUACCAUGGUCGCAAAGACAUUGAACAUUACAUUUUGAGUGUAAUGAAUAUUGUUGCCAAACUUUAUCGUGAUUCCAGUCUAGGAAACGUUGUGAAUAUUAUAGUGACUCGUUUAAUUGUUCUCACUGAAGAUCAGCCAAACUUGGAGAUAAACCACCAUGCAGACAAGUCCCUCGAUAGCUUCUGUAAGUGGCAGAAAUCCAUUCUCUCCCACCAAAGCGAUGGAAACACCAUUCCAGAAAAUGGGAUUGCUCACCACGAUAAUGCGGUUCUUAUUACUAGAUAUGAUAUCUGCACUUAUAAAAACAAGCCCUGUGGAACACUGGGCUUGGCCUCUGUGUCUGGAAUGUGUGAGCCUGAAAGGAGCUGCAGCAUUAAUGAAGACAUUGGCCUAGGUUCAGCUUUUACCAUUGCACAUGAGAUUGGUCACAAUUUUGGUAUGAACCAUGAUGGAAUUGGAAAUUCUUGUGGGACCAAAGGUCAUGAAGCAGCAAAACUUAUGGCAGCUCACAUUACAGCAAACACCAAUCCCUUCUCCUGGUCAGCUUGUAGCCGGGACUACAUCACCAGCUUUUUAGAUUCAGGCCGUGGUACUUGCCUUGAUAAUGAGCCUCCCAAGCGUGACUUUCUUUAUCCUGCUGUGGCCCCAGGUCAGGUGUAUGAUGCUGAUGAACAGUGUCGCUUCCAGUAUGGAGCAACAUCCCGCCAAUGUAAAUAUGGGGAAGUGUGUAGAGAGCUCUGGUGCCUCAGCAAAAGUAACCGCUGUGUUACUAACAGCAUUCCAGCAGCUGAGGGUACUCUUUGCCAGACAGGGAGCAUUGAGAAAGGGUGGUGUUAUCAGGGAGAGUGCGUACCUUUUGGCACUUGGCCCCAGAGCAUAGAUGGGGGUUGGGGUCCGUGGUCAAUAUGGGGAGAGUGCAGCAGGACCUGCGGGGGAGGAGUCUCCUCAUCCAUAAGACACUGUGACAGUCCAGCACCUUCUGGUGGAGGAAAAUAUUGUCUUGGAGAAAGGAAACGAUAUCGAUCCUGUAACACGGAUCCAUGUCCUUCAGGGUCCCGUGAUUUUCGAGAAAAACAGUGUGCAGAUUUUGACAAUAUGCCCUUCCGGGGAAAGUAUUAUAACUGGAAACCCUACACUGGAGGAGGGGUUAAACCAUGUGCAUUAAACUGCUUGGCUGAAGGUUACAAUUUUUACACUGAACGUGCCCCUGCAGUAAUAGAUGGAACUCAGUGCAAUGCUGAUUCGCUGGAUAUCUGUAUCAAUGGAGAAUGCAAGCAUGUGGGUUGUGAUAAUAUUUUGGGAUCUGAUGCUAAGGAAGACAGAUGCCGUGUAUGUGGAGGAGAUGGUAGCACAUGUGAAGCCAUUGAAGGUUUCUUCAAUGAUUCAUUGCCCAGAGGAGGGUACAUGGAAGUGAUUCAAAUUCCAAGAGGUUCCGUUCACAUUGAAGUAAAAGAAGUGGCUAUGUCAAAGAACUACAUUGCUUUAAAAUCUGAAGAGGACGACUACUAUAUUAAUGGUGCCUGGACUAUUGACUGGCCUAGAAAGUUUGAUGUUGCUGGGACAGCUUUUCAUUACAAGAGGCCAACAGAAGAACCUGAAUCUUUGGAAGCUUUAGGCCCUACUUCAGAAAAUCUCAUAGUCAUGAUUCUGCUACAGGAACAGAAUUUGGGUAUAAGGUAUAAAUUCAAUGUUCCCAUCUCUCGUACUGGCAGUGGAGACAAUGAAGUUGGCUUUGCAUGGAAUCACCUGCCUUGGUCAGAAUGUUCUUCCACUUGUGCUGGAGGAAUACAGAAACAAGAGGUGGUGUGUAAAAGGUUGGAUGAUAACUCCAUUGUACAGAACAACUACUGUGAUCCAGACAGUAAACCACCAGAAAACCAAAGAGCCUGCAACACUGAGCCUUGCCCACCUGAGUAA